UUGCCUAUUCACGCCAUUCCUUGGAACCUCACCCCCGUGAAUAACUGGUUUACUGUAUUGCUGUGUCUUUCAUUUGGAUAUACAUAACUGUAGACCACCAGUCAAUAGAUAUGUUAGAACAGUACUGAACUGUACUGUAUAGUUUUGUGUUUUGUGAACAUUAAUUCUAUUUCAUGUGCCUAAAUGCAGGAUCGGCGGGGACACCACACACCAAGUAACAAGACAUCUGAGGAAGAGGUUGACUUUGUGAUUCGACACAUCUUAUCAAUGAAACCUGUGAGGGAUGAGGCACUCUGUGCCUUCUCUGGCAAUCAGCUUCAGGGAUUGCCUCAGGGUCAAAUCACUGCUGAAGUGACUGGAGGAAAAGAAUUAUCUGUGAAGAAAAUGUAUGAAUUGUACAAAAGAUUAUGUCAAGAAGAGGGGAGGGCCCCUGUCAGCCUCUGGGUGUAUCGGCAUAUUGAGAAGUCAAGAGUUCAUCAGGAAAACAAUGAUAGAAAUUAUGAGACAUUAAAAAAAAGGGAUUUUGUUCAUUCCAAAACUCAGACAGUGUCAAAUACCAUUGAGUAUAAACCUUUAACAAAUAAUUCAAACUUGUGUAAUGGUGUUUCAUCUGAACUCCAAGAACAUGUGACUGACUCAAUAAAUGUAACAACAGAAAUAAAUAUAAGGAAAAAGAAAAAAGUAGGAGAUAAUGGUGCAUUAAUGUCACGAAAGGAUAGAAAAGCAAAGAGGAACAGUGGUGCAGCUUAUUUCACAGCAUCAGGAAAGCUUAAGAAAGAAAAGCUUUAUGUUGACAAGGAGUGUGGCUGUAAAUAUAGAUGCAUCCCAGAGAUGGGAACACCAGAGAGUAGGAAAAAGAUCUUUGACUGUUUCUGGAAGUUAGCAGACUUUUCAAAACAGAACACAUAUAUAGCACAGAAGGUGGCGCUGGUCCCCAUCAUGCAGAAAGAUGAAGAAAAAGUGAUAGAAAAGUUUACAAGGACUUAUACCAGGAUUUACAAUGUACAGUUGAAGCCAGAUGAAGAGCCUCUUCGUGUGUGUAAAAUGGCUUUCCUUCAGCUACAUGGGUUAUCCAAUGGCAGGGUGGAUCGUGUGUUGCAAGCUGUGGCCUGCCAGUCUCCAUUUGCUCUUAAAGAUCGGCGAGGACACCACUCACCCAAAAACAAGACCCAAGAAGAGGACAUUAACUACGCUUGUUGUCACAUCAGGUCAUUUCCUACUGAGUAUCACAACAGCGAAGCCAACGCCACCGGUAGACUGUAUCUUCCUCAUGACCUCAACGUUGAAAAGAUGUACCGUAUGUAUAAGGAGCAGUGUGUGAGAGAUGACAGGGUUCCCAUCGGCAGUUUUGUUUACAGGAAGAUUUUGAAGGAAAGAUUCAACUGCUUCAUUAAGUCCCCAGCCAACAAGACUUCAGAGGAAGACUUGCAGUAUGCCUAUCAACAUAUCCAGUCUUGUUCACCAGAAUUAACAGGUCCCCAGAAAGAUGCUGGUUCUGGAAUGCAGUCAAACCUGAGCUGCACAUCGCAGGAAACUAGUGUAAAGAAACUACACAUAGCCUAUAUAGAGAAGUGUUUACAAGAAGGAAAGAAGCCUGUUGGUAUUGAUGUAUACAGGAAAAUAUUCAACUCUAAGUUCCGUCUCAAACAAGACCUCAGUUAACCCCAGUAAAUAAAUUUGUAAGUAGAUGAUAGGCAUUUGUUAUUCUGUAUGUAAGUAUUGUAAUGGCAAACCAUUUUUAGCUUUAUUGUCUUUCAUUAGGAUUAACAGGAUUACCGGUAAGUCAUGAAGAAAGUGAAUACAGUAUUUUUAUUAUAUUUUACUUACUAGUAAUUACUACUUCACAGUUACUUCAGUUUUGUCAGUUGUUGUCAACUUGAGUUAACUCCUUUACAUUCUUUGUUAGAGAUAUGAUUAUGGGUUUAGGGUUGCCCUAUGUACUGGUAGGUCAAUAACAGGAGCACCGUUUACAUUUAUAACUUUAUUUUCAAUUGACAAUAAAAUUUUCAAGAAGACAAUAUCAAGAACAUAUGUACAGUCAGCCAUAGAUGCACUGACCCCACCCUGGAUCUCGUGCUGGCAAUACUUGGUAAAGGAAGGCUGCAUGUAAAGGUGAUUGUGAUUGGUGGGUAACAUUUUUAUAAUACUCAGUCAGUCAGAACACCGAGAUAAGAGAGCCGUGGCUCUGAGGUGAACAAGGAGAUUUAGUGCAAGGUAUAGUUAUGAAGUGGGAAGUACAGAAGAAGAAUGAUAGCAGGUGGGCUUUCCACCUUGCGUCCCUCAGUCCUCCAGGGGCAAGGGAGGUUAGAUGAACUAAGCUAAGCUAGUUUAAAGUGCGAUCCAAGGGAAUGUGCUGUUUUAGGGUUUGUUGGAGGGUCCCUUCAGGUCCUUGUGUUGCUGAAGGGAUGUUCCUCAUCUUUUGUAAUUGGGGGGGGGGUCCCAUCAGGUCCUUGUGUAACUGGCAGGAUAGUCCCGAUCUUUUAGGUUAUAUGAGUGGUGUUAUUCUCUCGCGUAUGAUGGUUCCGGGCUGAUUCUCUUAAUGUUGAUGCUUCUUGGCCACCAGCUGUGUGAUAUAUUGUUGUUUGCCUGUAAUAGUUCCUGUAAAAUAGGGUCUUGUGUUCAGUGUAGUGUGUCCCAUACCGCUUUUACUUGUUUGUGUGUUCUUAUGUUAAUUGUGUCUAUGUUAUGUUCGAUGUGUAUGUCUCGUAUUUUUUGACUGUAUGGCGGCCUUUGUUUUACUGCUCUUCUUAGUGCUGUA